CCAGACCCAAUGGAAAGGACUCCUUAAAAUCACAUAAAACCCACUUCCCAGAUCUCUAACAGUGAUCGAUCAAAUUCUGGACUUAAAGAAUGACGGCAAUGGCGUCGCCAGAAGCUUUGCCCGACGACGACGUAUCCGCGGCGAUGUCUAAUCUUCUCCCUCUUGCCUCCGCAGCGCAGCAGCCCUACGUCUCCGAGCUCCUCUCCUUCACUCUGGAUCGCCUCCAUAAGGAACCGGAAUUGCUAAGAGUAGAUGCGGAGAGAAUACGGCGGCAGAUGCAGGAGGUGGCUGUGGGGAAUUACCGUGCAUUCAUUGCAGCUGCGGAUGCGUUGCUUGAGAUCCGAGAGGAAGUUUCUGCUAUUGACAAGCAUCUUGAGUCUCUGAUAGCUGAAAUUCCAACACUAACAUCUGGCUGCACUGAAUUUGUUGAUUCGGCUGAACAUAUUUUGGAGAAAAGGAAGAUGAACCAAACAUUACUCGCAAAUCAUAGUACUUUGCUUGAUUUGCUUGAAAUUCCUCAACUCAUGGACACAUGUGUGAGGAAUGGAAAUUACGAUGAAGCUCUUGACUUAGAAGCAUUCGUUGGAAAGCUUACUACAAUGCACCCAAACAUUCCUGUGAUUCAGGCCCUAGCCACAGAAGUUCAGCAGACCACCCAAUCUCUUCUUUCUCAGCUUCUCCAGAAACUUAGAUCUAAUAUUCAGUUGCCAGAAUGCCUCCGCAUAAUUGGAUAUUUACGUCGAAUAGGAGUGUUCAGUGAGUAUGAAAUGCGCCUACAGUUUUUAAGAUGCCGUGAAGCCUGGCUUACUGGAACACUUGAUGAUUUAGACCAGAGAAAUCCUUAUGAAUAUUUGAAAGGGAUGAUAAAUUGUCACAGAAUGCAUCUUUUUGAUGUUGUUAACCAAUAUCGAGCUAUAUUUGCUGAUGACACGUCAGGGAAUGAAGAAAAUUACGAUGGUGGCCUUCUGUUUGACUGGGCCAUGCAUCAGAUUACCUUGCACCUGAAGAGUCUUAAAGUGAUGCUUCCGAAGAUAACCGAAGGUGGAUCCUUGUCAAAUAUUCUGGAUCAGUGCAUGUAUUGUGCUAUGGGUCUUGGAUGGGUUGGAUUGGAUUUCCGAGGACUGCUACCGCCUCUUUUUGAAGAAGCAGUACUUAAUUUAUUUGCGAAGAAUAUGAGUACAGCUGUUGAAAAUUUUCAGUUAGUCCUGGAUUCUCAUCGUUGGGUCCCACUGCCAGCAGUUGGCUUCCCUGCCAAUAGCUUGGGUGAAGAAAGUCAAGAUGAUAUUACUCCUCCUUCAAGUCUGAUGGAGCAUCCACCUCUUGCUGUUUUUAUCAAUGGUGUAUCUGCUGCAAUGAAUGAACUACGUCCUUGUGCUCCACUAAAUCUAAAAAAUGUACUUGCUCAAGAAUUAGUUAAGGGUUUGCAGGCUGUUUCUGAUUCUCUACUGAGGUACAACACAACUAGGAUGCUCAGAGACAAUGAAUCUGUACUUUUCCUGAAACUUUGCCAAUCAUUCAUUGAGGUUGCUUUUCCACAUUGUGCUACAUGCUUUAAUCGAUGUUACCCUGGUGGGGCUGCUCUAAUCACAGAUUCCAAGAACUUAUUUGAUGGAAUCAGCCGCCUACUAGCAACCUCAACCUCGAGAGAGCUACCAAAACCUGUUCAUAAUACAGAGGCCAAGAAUGUAGCAGAGAACGGUAAUUCUCCGACAGUGGAAAAUGGGGUCCUCCAUGGUGUUGAACGAACUGCGAGUCUCAGCCCAGAGGAGAAAGAACAGAACAAUGUUAGUCCUCAAAAGGAAGAGAAGACAACAAUAAGAGAAGAUGCUCAAAGAUCACCAGUAUUAUGAAAUAAUCCUCAGAUAAGGACUCCAUACAGUUUGGUUAGUGUAAUUAUGUAACAUCCCAAAGCACUUCCAGUAGGUCUUGCAUGAAUUUCAUAUCAGCUCUGGGACGAUCUUUCCUGACUAGCACUAUCAUAGUCAUUACGUAAUUGGACUCAAGAAAUGUUCAAGGUGGGGAUGAUGAGGAUAUUCUUUUUGUACGUAGGUCGUCUGGACGAUUAUUGUCCAAAUGAGAUUGUUGUAAUAAUUUUGGUCUUAUAGUGAAAACAGAAAUCUGAGUACACCACUCUUUUUUUCCAACUGCAUUUAGGACAAUAAUCCUAGUUAUACAUGCCA